CAUAAACCCGAAGUUGCUGGCAUGGCCAGGCUAUUAAUCACAUGAGCACGGCUGGAGACUGGCACCAAGACAUCGAACUCGGCAUUGGCAACAGCUGGAGUCAUCCUGGCUAUCUCUUGGCGAUGGCCGAGAACUGAAAAGGACAGCCAGAUAACCGAGGAUAGCCUGGCCAAUCUCCGCGCCCAAUGCGCAUUCGCAUGUCAGCCACAACUCAUAUCGACCGUGUCACCCAGCGAAAGUCUUCGGCACUAGAUUGGAUCACGAUCGAACGCACCGCAGGGUGAAGUCCGAGGCCAUAAAGAGUGCGGCAUUCGGGUCCUGCUAAAUAGGUCUCAGCAACAUAUCACAUCGCCGAGGUUACUGCAUUCGUGACCAACGAGUCCUUGUCAAUCGCCGCCAAUCUCUCUACGACCUCCGAUUUUUUAAAAUGGCGACUGGUGCGGCAGGAAUAUACACGACGCAAUUUCUUGCGCCGCUGCUCCCCGUCACAGGAGCGUUUGCACUCCCCUUCGCGGGCUACUUCACGUUCCUCAGCCUGCGCGUUGUCCGCCGCAGACUGCACGAGAAGCACUACGUCGGCGACACGUCGCCCACCUCAACCGCGGCCGCGAAGCAGGACACCACCAGCAACAAGCUCGCCAACAACGAGCUCUACACAGACGUCCGGUCGCACCUGAGCUUCAUCGAGAACGUGCCCUUUGCGUUGACCGUCGCCGCCAUCGCCGAGCUGAACGGCGCGCACCCGACGUACCUCUCGUGCGCGCUGGGCGGCCUGCUCUUCUUCCGCGUCCUGCACGCCGAGCUCGGGCUCAAGGGCGACGAUGCCAUGGGUAAAGGUCGGCCGAUCGGGUACUUUGGCACGAUCGGCACGAUCGUCGGGCUUGCGGCGUAUGCGACGGGCUUGACGAGACAGUUCUGGACGAAGCAGCUGCAGUAGACGAGCUGCAGAUGGAGCUCACGAUCGCGAGGCCCUUCGGGCAGGGCGAUCGGGUUUCGAUGUAGAAUAGCCUGCGUACUUAGACUUGCGAGCAUAUGGCGACAGCAGUGAAUAUAAAGAUUUACUCGCACCUAGAUCAAGGGGCC